AUGGCGACAACCAAGUUGAUACUUUGUAUACUUAUUCUUAGUGUACUGUGUGUGUCCGUGAACUCCGUGUUGGGAAAAUUUAAAAUUCACGACAAAUUCGUUAAAAAGUUCGGUUUCGACGAAUAUGACAAGGAUAAAAACAUUAAAAAGUUUGAUUUCGACAAAUAUGACAAGGAUGAAUACAUUAAAAAGUCUGAUUUCGACAAAUAUGACAAGGAUGAAUACUUUAAAAAGUUUUGUUCCGACGUAUACGAUAAAAAGUUUGAUUUCGACAAAUACGAUAAGGAUGAUUACGAGAAAAAGUUUAACGUAAAAUUCGAUGACAAGUUUGGUUUCGACAAAUUCUUUAAAAAGUUUAACGUAAACUUCGAUAUUCGAUCAAUGUUCGAUUUCGAUAAGGAAGGAAGGAGGAGGAAAAAGGAUAACGACAAAUUCGAUAAGGAUGAUCACUUCAAAUAUGUUAAAAAGUAUUGUUCCGACAAUUACGAUCAAAAAUACGAUAAUAAUGAUGGUGACGACAAAUACGAUAAAAAGGAUGAUGAUGACAAAUACGAUAAAAAGGAUGAUGAUGAAAAAUACGAUAAAAAGGAUGAUGAUGACGAAUACGAUAAAAAGGAGGAUGAUGACAAAUACGAUAAAAAGGAUGAUGAUGACAAAUCCGAUAAAAAGGAUGGUGAUUACAAAUCAGACAAAAAGGAUGAUGAUGACAAAUCUGAUAAAAAGGGCGACGAUGACAAGUCUGAUAAUAAGGAUGAUGAUGGCAAUUGCCAAGAAUUUCAAGAUAAUUGCAAGUUAAAUACUUAA